UGUGGCUGUGGCGGCGAGUGCACUGCCUCCAGUUUGAGGUUAUGUCUGAGUUAGUGUAGUGUGGCGGUGACGCGCGCAGUGAACAGAUCGAGGUGGCACUGGUUGCAGCCAUAACCUCGAUCAGGACCGACAUCUGUUUACGUUUUACGACAAUUCGAUCUCGUUGUUUGCCGGUUUCGAACAGUUUCGCCGAUGUGUGAAAGAAUCUGUGUUGACGAACGCGUUUGUGUGCAGCAUUUGUUGUGGGUGGUUUCUUGAAAGUGCAGGUGUUUUCUCAGUGCAUCAAGAUCGCGUGAAGUGACUGAUUGGCCAAGAUGGCGACCACAUGUUUCGGACCGCCGCCUCUGCCGCCCUCUAAUAAAAAGAGGGUGGUUGUGACAAUAGAACCGACGCCUAGCAAGAAGCCCUCCAAGAAGGAGAAGAGAGUGGCCAGCGUGGAGCCGCAGAUGUCCUCCACAUACCGGUCGUUUCGUGAUCCCGUGGAGGAGGACGAGAUUAUCGUCCUGGCCUCAGAAGAUCUGGAAGUGAAGCCGAUCCAGGAGAAGGAGAAAGAGAAGCGGAAGAAGAAAUUAUCGUCGUCUAAAUACAACACUAACUCUCUGACCAGACCUUUGUCUGCCAGCAAGUUGACACUGUCCAGAAGUCACUCGGAGGGGAACUUGGCGAUAUUGGCGGAUGAUCAUCCCGUGCACGACCUCUCCCUCCCGCCACUGGGUUCCGGAGCUCUCAAUAAGUGCCUCAAAGUUCUCAGCGGCUCAUGGAAAAACCUCUUUCAACUGGGGGGCAUGAGUCGGCCGCCCAAGCCGGUGGUGCAGGUCAAGAAGGUAGCGCCCCCGGCCGUUCCAGACUCCCAGGCGGGGUUCCGACAUUCUGGCAGCAGCUUCGGUUCAGCGGGUUACAGCAGUGCGGGGGAGGACCAUGGCUUCCACGAUCACACUAGAGAUGGCUAUGAGAUGGGAGACGUGUACGGGAUGGCAGGCAAAUCUCCAGGAGGACAGUUCAACUACCCCGCCUUCACUUUCCCAGGACCUCAGUACACUCAGGUCCAGGGGACAACCAAGUCAGCCAUGUACUACCACCACCAACUCUCUCUGCAGGAGGAUCAGGGAAUCGACAUGACUCAGAGUCCUGGUCGUGAUAGUCCUGGUUCCUCAGGAUCUGGAUCACGUCACUCCACUGCCUCCCUGGAUUCUGGACGGGCCAGUGGGUGUCAUCUGGGGCCGCCACAUCCCCGCUGCUCCCUUAGCUCUUCUUCGGUAGGGUCAGACCACUCUGCCCCUGCCAGGGUCGAAAGGCUACUGCUGCAAGGUGUACCGGACCAGGAUGUGCUGCAUGCUUGGCUGAUGGACAUUCAUUUCGAGGAGUAUUUUCCCUUGUUCAUCUCUGCUGGCUACGACAUGUACACCAUCUCCAGAAUGACCCCUGAAGAUCUCACUGCCAUCGGCAUCAAGAAGCCCAAUCAUCGGAAGAAGCUGAAGGCAGAGAUAGCACAACUUAACAUUAGCGAUGGGCUGCCUGACUAUAUUCCUGGUUCACUUGAUGAGUGGCUGAGACUAUUGAGACUGGAGGAGUAUGGUGCAGCAUUGGGCUGCCAAGGCUAUUCUACGAUACAAGAUGUGACGCAGCUGACUUGGGAAGACCUUGAGGACAUUGGUAUCGUCAAGUUGGGCCACCAGAAGCGGAUCCUGUUAGCUAUCAAGAGAGUGAAGGAUCUGCGGGCCGGCAAGGUAUUCCCACCACCACACACACCGGUGCUGAUGCCGCACAACCAGCCCGCAGCCCUCGAACCCGAGUGUGAGUGUCCACGCAUUCACGCCACCAUCAAGAGUUUCCACCAGCCUUGGGAGAUAGAAGCUUCCAGACAAUUCUUCUACACCACUGAUAUCGUCCCCAUCAAGAUCCGGGGAGGACGAGGCAAAUCAUUGGAAUCUCUGGAGGAAGGAAUGGCGGGAGGCGGGGGCACCAGCAGUUUUGCUCCCUCAACCCCUCCGCCCCCGGGCUGGCGACCCCGCUCUUACGACGAUGGAGACAUCACACCCACCAACGAGGCCCUGCCCCUCCACGAGGGCGGAGGCACGCUGCCCCGACCACGAGGGCUUGUCAGGCCAAGGCCGGUGGCUAAGAUUCCUGCUACCUUCUGCCCUGCUUACCGACCUGAGGAUGUUAUGAUGAAUGUGGGGACUCUGAAGCGACUGCCCCCUUCUCCGCCCAAGAGACAGAGUGAGUGUGUGACGGUGGUGGCAGACUUGCACUGCCCAUCCCCUCCCGCCCCAGCCCCAGUGGCCCCACCUACCACGAACUGGUCUGGCCUGCACACUAAUGGCUCGGAUGCCAGCUUUAAGUCAAGUUCGAGUACAGAGUCUGAUUCUUUGCCAUUUGCUAACGAGAAUGCCGGAACUAUAAAGCAGCGGGCAGUAAGAAACGUGACAGAUUAUGUGCCACCUAUAAGGGUACAGCCACCUCCAAGUGAAAAUAACCGCUCCAUUGUCAGGAAAGUGGAUCAGGAGCCAGCAGAUGUACUGAAUGACAUUGGCAACAUGCUUGCCAACCUAACAGAUGAGUUGGACGCGAUGCUACUGGAGGAGAAGAGGCAGGGGCUCACCGACGAGUAACAUUGAGUGCACACUACCUCAUGGCGUGAAGCAAUAUCGACGGCAAUACUUUGUUGACUUGUGUCGUUUCUGAUGGGACACAUAAGGAAAAACCUCAAGACAGUAAACAUCCUUACAUUGGUUAAGCUGUUUGCAGUGAAACAAUCGCUGUUGCUACGUUCAUAUUCACAAUUUCGCUCUGCCUUUGAAACAAAAUUUUGAAAAUUAUUGUAAAUUGUUCUUUCUAUGAAGUUGGUCAGCUGUUGAAGUAAAUGGAGAACAGUGUUUUAUAGAGCUGAGUUUUGAUACAGAAUUCAACUAACCUGUGAUUGUCCUAGGUAGGCUUUAGUUUAGUUUUGUGUAAAUUGUUGUGUAUUGAAAAGAAUAUUAUUUAGUAAAUAAAGGGCACUGAUAUAGUUUCUAAGUAUGUAAAAGAAAGUUUAGUCAUGAAUGAAGUGCAAAUAAAAGUUUAAAUUUGCAUUUUUGUAAUGAAUACGUUUUUGGAUAUUAAUUGGUUGUAGAUUUUUUUAAAUAUGAAGUUUUUGUGGUGAACAGAAUCAGUAAUUUUCAAUACUUUUAUACCAUUGGUAGCUAUAAUUAAUUAAAUUGUGUUUUUUACAUGUUUUACUUACUGAAACAAUUAAAAAAGCUCAAAUAUAUUAGAUCCUAGUGGUGGUUUUAAUUUAAAAAAUAAUUCAAUAUUUUAUUAUAUACCUAUUGGCUAAAAAUGACCAAAGUUCUUUUCACGUGUGUAUGUAUGUAAAUACGAGAGGGAAUGUUGUCUGUUGCAUUUUAAUUAUGAUAUGAAUUUCCAUUGAAGUAACGUAGUGCGUUGUCCUAUAGCCUGCGGAACAUUACUGUUCUCUGUACAGAAGUUAUUUUUUAUAUUAUUUUAGUCGACACUGGAUCGUUUCCGUCCGGAGGCCAGGCUUAGUCACCGUAGAACUGCGUAGUUUUGAUAAAAACGUUUUUGUUCUGUAUUUAUCUAGUAGUUGAGAACGCAACGAGUUUGUUUACGAUUUGUCACUGCCAAAUCGUAACAGAUUUUGCAUUACUUGUUAUUAUUAUUUAUGUUCCUCAAAUGAAUAAAUAAAAAUGUACAUAAGUUGUUGGAUGAUUAGCCUAUAUAAAACAUGUUGAGUGUUUUACUUUAUUUUAUUUUUGUUGUUUCGUUACGGAAAGUGACUUACGUUGAUCAUCAAUGCCAUCAGAAUGUGACAUUGUGUUUCACAGACCGAUAUUUGGUGGUAUAUUUUGUGUAUAGAAAGCGAAUGGUUGGCAAGACUGGCGGCAAACGCAUUAACAAACGUUUGAUUUGUAAGUUCUCAAGAACUACUGUAUCAUUCCUAUUGUAACUAAGUAAUUAUGAUGAAUUAAUACAAAUAAAAAUAGUGAUUAUAA